AUGGAAUGGAAGAAAAGCAAGGAGGUUGAUUUGAACGAUGUGUUCACAGCUCUCGGCGAUCCUUUGAUCAAAGGUCUGACCGAGGUGGCUAAUAUAAAGCCUAAAGAUCCGGUCGCGUUCCUGGCAAGUUUUCUUCAGAACUUUCCUGAACAGGAGAAAUCUAAUUUAGGUACGCAGGUAUCCGAAAUGAUAGUAACACGAGAAGCAGCAGAAGUAGAGAACGAGCUGCCGGCGCCGACCGUAGCCGCACCACUACAAUCAAACGCGGUGACCGCCGUCCGCAACCGCACGGCGACCAAACAGCGGCCCAUUGACAUCGUCACCGUCGACCCACAGCCCGUCACCAGUCCUGACGCUCCCGAAUCCGCCUUCAGUAGUGCCACUAGAGAUGAACAUGGACAAUCAAUGCUUCACUUCGCGGCAGCUCGCACGCACACACGGAACGCGCUGUUCCAGCUCUUGCAGGAGUCAGACAUCAGUCUGGGAUACAGGGACGAACUGUACAGGACUGCUCGCGACGUCUCCAUACAGGCAAACGUACCGGAGAACACCGUAGAGAUUGACAAGUGGCUGUUACAUAUGGCUGCCAGAGGAAAUACAGAAAAGAUAAUGGAACUAUUAAUGGAAGGCUACGAUCAUAUAUUAGAUGUAGUUGACGAUGAAGGAGUGCCGAUUACGGAAGUCAUAGCGCAGCGCGGAGACACUAAUAUGAGCAACUUACUCGCGUCUAUACCAGCUUUUGAGGAAUCCCGUGAAUCCCUUCACGGUGCAGUUCGUCGUGGCGACUUGCCAGCUGUACAGGCUGCUCUGUCAGGCGAAGGUGGCAGGACCUUGGCUCGCUGCCAGAACACGUUCGGUCGUACAGCGUUACACGUCGCUGUACUAGCACAACAUGAAGAUGUCGUCUCCUAUCUUGCGCAGAACUACCCUGAGCUACUGCGUAUUGGUGAUAAUUUGGAGCGCACUCCGCUACACUAUGCUAUGGGCGUAGAGAAGAUAGAAUCACUGAGCAGGGUGCUGAUCAGAGCUGGAGCCAAGCGCGUACUGAAGGACCUCAAGGGUCGACAACCCACCUACUACUUCAUGAACAAAUCAGAAAUACUGCGGCUCAAGGAAGAAGAGGACGUAUACUGAUAGACCACAACAAACCUUUAGAAAUAGGCGUCAAAGAUGGCUGUGGCUUGUACGAAAUACUUUGUAAAGGGCUUACGACAGAUCAGUAUAGAAAUAGAAUAAUUACUUGCUUCUUAUCA